AUGUUCAAGGUUGCAGAUGAACUGGACUCCGAUGCCAUCCUAUUUAUGAAUGAUUACCAUAUCAAGGAUGUUCAAGGUACACGAUCAUCCCCAGAGAAGUACAUUGAGCACAUUCUUGAUAUCAAAGAGCAGAGCACCUUUCAGGGGAAUAGGCUUACAGGGACACAGAGACAGUCCAGUUGGGACAAUUUGAAUGCUGAAGAGGAUAUUAAUGAUGGUAAAAGAUACCUCAAUCUUAAGCAGGAAUGGUUGUCUCAUGCUCUUGGCUAUAUAGACGAGCAAGUUCAUUUAAGAAAAUUUCAUGGAUUUUACGAAGUUGAAAUUGUUACUCCUUCAAAGAAAGUGACUAAGACAUUUGUUGUUGAUAAAGGUGACAAGCCACUCGUAAUAUCCCCAAGUUUAUAA